ACCAUGUUUCAGAAAGAUCGAUUAUCUUACUUUUAUAUCUCGUUUUUUAUCAUAGUGUUAAUAACGUACUCUCUAUGAUUCUAUCAAAUCGUUGACUAUAUCGAUUACUUAUCACGUAAUGGAAUGGGUAUAUUCUGUAAGCAGAUGUAACAUAAUGAUGAAUCAUAAGAUUUCUCUGCUAACGUGUAGCAGUAUUAUAUUUUUCAUAUAUUUUCCUUGAUAAUAAAUGUCAGGAAAAAGGAAUAUAAAUCAAGAAAAAAUAUUCUACUCGAGCGAACUGAUAUAUUUAUCGUUAUUUCAGAAUUACUUUUAUAAAAAUAUAAAUGUCUUGUUUAAAGAGAUAUUAUAUAUAUCUCUGAGCUUCAACAGAUUAUUGAAACUCGUUGCUCUUCCUCACAAAAGUAAACAUUACAAUAUCGUUUUCCUCUUAAACUCCGUAGGUCUACAUUAUAAUCGCAGCUGGCAAACACAUGUAUGUAUUUGGCAGCGUUUCUCAAUGAAAAAUAUUCGAUGUCACCAUUUUUUCAACUCAAAUGCAUAAAUCUCUUGAUUCAAAAAUUGUGAACAUUAUACCGUUCAAUCUUUAAUUGAUCGUAUAACCAAGCUUUUUUGUUUUAUUAUAAAACUUUAAUCUUAUAAAAAUCUUAUCUUUCAAAAAAAAAAAAAUAUUAUUUGAAUAAAUCAUAUUAUAUUUUUAUUACAUUGAGUCAGAUAAUGUUAUAAGUAUUAUAAAGAAAUUAUUGCAGUUCCUUUGUUGUAUACAUGCUUAUUCAUUUCUAAAUAUUGUGUUCGUUACCAGAUUUCUUAGAAAAAUAGUGCAUUAAGUUUACUUUUUUACAUUCUAUACCGCUAUGAUGGAUGGAUGAUGUUAGCUGAUCGUUGCUAUUUACCGUUCUGCUACCAACGUGAACGACACCCGGAUUGCAUAGUAACUUGAAUCAACUCGGUUACAGACCCAUCACCUGCUAAAAAAAAAUGCUAAGGCAGUGCCAGGAAAUGAAGCCGGAUCUUUCAGAUGAGAGAGAGAUACCGCGAUGCCAACCAUUAUACCACAGAUGUGCAAAAUUAUUUAUAUAACAAGCAUACGGCAUAGUAUGGAAGGCGAUAGAAAAGAAAACGAAGGAAACGGUGGCAGUGAAGAAGAUCUUCGAUGCAUUCAGAAAUCAAACAGACGCACAGCGUACUUUCCGUGAAAUAAUGUUUCUACUAUCGUUUUCGAAUCACGAGAACAUCGUACGACUAAUCGGUCUACACAAGGCGGACAACGAUCGGGAUAUUUAUCUCGUAUUCGAGUACAUGGAAACCGAUCUCCACAACGUCAUUAAGAAGGGCAACAUCCUUAAGGACAUCCAUAAGGUCUUCAUCAUGUAUCAAUUGUUCAAGGCUAUCAAGUAUAUACACUCCGGUAACGUCAUUCACAGAGAUUUGAAGCCAUCGAACGUCUUGCUGAACGCUCAAUGCCAUUGCAAGAUAGCUGACUUUGGCCUAGCACGAUCCGUCACACAUAUCGGUGAAGGGGAUGGUGAAACCGGAAGCGAUCCAACUCUGACCGAUUACGUCGCUACGAGAUGGUACCGUGCACCGGAAAUACUGAUUGCCUCGAAAAGGUACACGAAAGGCAUCGACAUGUGGUCCCUAGGUUGUAUUCUCGGUGAAAUGUUGCUGGGCAAACCGCUAUUUCCUGGUUCAUCGACGAUAAAUCAAGUCGAAAGAAUAAUGGCCACACUUCCAGCGCCAACGGAAGAAGAUUUGAUUUCGGUUAGCGCUGGUUAUGGUACUAAUUUGUUGGAAAAGAGUCCAACUGGCCCGAAACGUUCCUUGAAGGAUUUAUUGCCUGAUGCAUCGAAAGAAGCUUUAGAUCUUAUUUGUCAUCUGAUAGUGUUCAAUCCAACGCAUCGAUUGACGGCAGUAGAAGCUCUGGAGCAUACCUAUGUAGCUAGUUUUCACAGAAGAGGAAACGAACCUUCAAGAAGUACCAGCGUAGUACCAUUGUUGAGGGACGACGUGCAACUUUCAGUCGAAGAAUACAGGAAUAAGCUCUAUGCGAUGAUGGAUGAGAAACAUAGGAAGCAUAAAAAUAUGUCGAAAGCCAGAGUUAGACGUCUCUCAGAACAUAUCAGAAAGGAAACUUACAACUCUACAAAUAAUGGAAACUUUGUAGUCGGUCAAGGUGACGCAAUAACAAAUAAAAAUCUUCGCUCUUCGUGCGGUGAUCUGUAUAACAACAAAAACAAUUUCCAGACAUCUCAACGAACAAACGCACGAGCAAGUUUGGCAAACAGAAAAGUAAUAACGACAUCGCAAGGUCGUUCAGGUGACGAAAGUGCUCGACUUGGCAAAACGAGGACAAUAAGUACGUCAGGGAAUAUAUCGUUACAAGAUAAUACAAAGAAUAAUCGACACAACGGUAAAAAUCCGACCUCUCAGUACUCUUAUAAUCUUUCAAAUGGUCAUCUAGGAAAUUUGCCAGCGGGAACAACAAAAAGUUGUCUUUGUUUGAGUCAACAAAAUCAACAUCUGUCAAAAUCUCAAAGAUCCAUACAAUCGGAUCAAGUAACAGCGUAUGGCGCAAAUAUAAGAUGCAAUCAAUUAGGAGGAACGUCACGCAUGAAACUACGAAGAGGAUGCGAUAGGCAAACGCAUUCGACUCUGCAUCAACGCCCGCCAAUAGUAAACAACGUCGAUCGGUCGAAAACAACGAUGUUGAAGUCAUUGAAUGAGACUAACGAUUCGAAGCUCGGUUUACUAAGGUAUACUAAAUAUUUAACUACAAUGUUGAACAACAAUAAUAAUAAUAACAGGGUAACGAGGCACUUCGUAACGACUUCUCCGAUCAAUAGUAACAUUUUGAAUGGGAUCAGUAAUAGCAGUAACAGUGGAGGAAGUGCCAGCAGUUCUGAACUUUAUGCUCCUAGACGGUCGACUUCUCAAUUUCAAAUCGUUAGAAAUUAUUUAAAUCAGACGUUGCCGGUUCAUUCAUCGUCUGUUCAGCAACAGGAUCAGCAACAGGAUCAGCAACAGGAUCAGCAACAGCGACAGCAACGUCAUCAUCGUCAAAAGAAAAUUCGAGGAUUGGAAAAAAUUACGUCGAAAACGGACAAGUUUAAUCCUAUCGAUAAUUAUUAUCUUAAAAGUUCAACAUUGAAGAGACCAGAGAUAUCAAAGAUUCAAAUGAGACACAGUUUCGGUGGAUUUAGUGUUCUCGAUAAAAAUAAAAACUCGGUAGAAAUUAGCUCGCGGACUAUCGAUAGUACCAAUCAAAGUCAUGGUAUUAUUACCGCUUCGGUUUACAAGGAUUUACGUAACGGAAUUAUAAGGUGGUGAUAAAUGGACGAGGAACUUCCGAAAGAAACAGUGAUAGUGAAAAAGAAAUAGAAAGAAAGAGAGAGAAAUGAAUGAUUCGUUUCUGUAAUAAAACUGAACAACAGAUAGAAUCGUAUUUUCGAUAGAUUAAAGAAAUUCACAGAAACAAAUCAUCGUACUCACUCCUGUUUCUUCAUCGAAAGUCAUUUCGUCUUGGAUAGAUAUAUACAUUCUUAAAAAAAAGAAAAAGAAAAAAAGAAAAAAAGAAAAAACAAACAAAUAAACAAAAAAGAACAGAUAUGCAAUACGUAAGAUUAGAAACGUGAAAUUACAAGUACUAAAUUUUCAUACGUCGAUAUUUUUAAGUAUAUUACACUGUUUACAUCGAAUGGAGAUAGAAGAAAAAAAAAAAAAAUAUAUAUAUAUAUAUAUAUAUAUAUAUAACAAAGAAGAAGCUUUCGUCUCCGUGUUACUUUCUCUUGCAUGAUGUUUUCACAUCUUUAAUUGUGUAUCUUUAUGGAGUAACUUACAAUUAGUAUAGCUUUUUAAUAUUCACUCGUCCACGUGAUUGUUCAUUAAUACAUCUUGCGCGAGAAAGUCAAAUGACAAAGCUUACUAGAUCAUUCGCAAAGAAUUACGUUAAUUAUAUAACGUACUUUGAAAGACUUUUUUAUGAAUCUUUUUAUAAGUCCUUUGGAUUUGGUAAAUCACCGUAAGAAUAAAAUUUGAUAAUCGAUCGAUCUCGUAAAAAAGAAAUAUUGAAGUGAGAGAGAGAGAGAGAGAGAGAGAGAGAGAGAAUCAAGAGCAUAAGUCGUCUAAAGAAAAGUGCAUGUUGUAAAGUAUAAUUUUUUAUUUUUUUUUUUUUUUUUUUUUUUUUUUUUUUUUU